AUGGCCGGCGCGGAGAGGGAGAGGAGAAAGAUGCCGCUGCCGCCGGCGCUGCCCCUGGCCACGCUGAUCGGGCGCGAGCUCCGCGCCGGGGGCUCCGAGCGCCCGGCGCUGCGCUACGGCCACGCCGGCUUCGCCAAGCGCGGCGAGGACUACUUCCUCGUCAAGCCCGACUGCCUCCGCGUCCCCGGCGACCCCUCCACCGCCUUCUCCGUCUUCGCCGUGUUCGACGGCCACAACGGGGUGUCGGCGGCGGUGUUCAGCAAGGAGCACCUGCUGGAGCACGUGAUGAGCGCGCUCCCGCCGGACAUCGGCAGCCGCGAGGACUGGCUGCAGGCGCUGCCCCGCGCGCUCGUCGCCGGCUUCGUCAAGGCCGACAUCGACUUCCAGCGCAAGGGGGAGGUGUCGGGGACGACGGCUACGCUGGUCGUCGUCGACGGGUUCACGGUCACCGUGGCGUCGGUCGGGGAUUCUCGGUGCAUCCUGGACACGCAGGGCGGCGAGCUGCAGCUGCUAACCGUCGAUCACAGGCUGGAGGAGAAUGUUGAGGAGAGGGAGCGUGUCACGGCGAGCGGUGGGGAGGUCGGCCGUCUGAAUCUCUUCGGCGGUCAGGAGGUAGUUGGCCCUCUCCGUUGUUGGCCAGGUGGUUUGUGCCUCUCAAGAUCCAUUGGAGACAUGGAUGUUGGGGAGUACAUUGUGCCGGUUCCACAUGUCAAGCAAGUGAAGCUCUCAAGUGUCGGAGGAAGGCUGAUAAUGGCAUCUGAUGGCAUAUGGGAUGCGCUAUCCAAUGAGGCAGCGGCCAAGUCAUGCCGAGGAUUGCCUGCAGAACUCGCUGCAAAGCUUGUGGUUAAGCAAGCUUUGAAAAAAUGUGGGCUGAAAGAUGAUACCACCUGUGUGGUGGUUGACAUCAUCCCAUCUGAUCAUCAUUUGACAUCGCCACAGUUAUCCCCAAAGAGAAAUCAGAACAAGCUCAAGUCUCUUCUUUUUCGUAGAAGGUCGCACAGUUCAGUUGGAAAGUUUGGAGGCAAGUCUGCCUCUAUUGGUUCCGUGGAGGAGUUAUUUGAGGAAGGCUCUGCAAUGUUGGAAGAAAGGCUGGGUAGGAAUCUGUCCUUGAAAGCAGCUUCGCCGCCUUCUCGCUGUGCGAUCUGCCAAGUGGACCAAGAACCAUUUGAAGGCUUGAUGGAGGAGAAUGGAGGUAGCCACUGCUCUUCUCCAUACGCACCUUGGGGAGGCCCGUAUCUUUGUCUGGAGUGUCGGAAAAAGAAAGACGCAAUGGAGGGCAAGAGACCGAGCUGCUCGACAGCAUACCAGUUUGUUGCCUAUGAACAAUCCUAA